AUGGUGGAGACCUUACCACUCGGGCGGUUCCACCACCAAAGGCUGGACUUGAAGCGCUGGUUCCCGACCUUCUUGUCCUCGCACAAAACCCUCUUCACUGUGCUUUGGAUCGCGGCAUUCGCAUCGGUUUUUGUGUGGCAGAGGAAUAUUGUAGAUGGGUUUUCAAUAUUUAAGCGAGUUCCGGUGAGAGCCAUGCCAAAGCUGAGACCUGUGGCUUUCAAUUUGACUGAUUUUGGGGCAGUGGGUGAUGGGGUUACUUUGAACACUGAGGCCUUUGAGAAGGCUGUGUUGGCUAUUUCCAAGCUGGGCAAAAAAGGCGGUGGUCAGCUCAAUGUGCCUCCUGGACGCUGGCUUACAGCGCCCUUUAAUCUCACCAGUCACAUGACUCUAUUUCUUGCUGAAGAUGCUGAGAUUCUUGGGAUUCAGGAUGAGAAGUAUUGGCCUUUGAUGCCUCCAUUGCCUUCGUAUGGGUAUGGGAGAGAGCAUCCUGGGCCUCGGUAUGGGAGUUUGAUUCAUGGUCAAAAUCUUAAAGAUAUUGUUAUAACAGGGCAUAAUGGUACCAUAAACGGACAGGGUCAAACGUGGUGGAAGAAGUACCGGCAGAAGCUUCUGAACCACACUAGGGGUCCACUUGUUCAGAUUAUGUGGUCAAGCAACAUUUUGAUCAGUAAUAUAACUUUGCGUGAUUCUCCUUUUUGGACACUUCAUCCAUAUGACUGCAAAAAUGUUACUGUUAGGAAUGUUACAAUUUUGGCUCCCGUAGUUGAAGCUCCAAAUACUGAUGGAAUAGAUCCUGAUUCAUGUGAGGAUAUGGUGAUUGAGGACUGUUACAUAAGCGUGGGGGAUGAUGGGAUUGCAAUUAAGAGUGGCUGGGAUCAGUACGGAAUUUCUUACGGACGGCCAUCGAAGAAUAUACUCAUUAGAAAUCUUGUUGUCCGCUCUAUGGUCAGAGGGGAGCCAUUCAGCUCCAGUGCAGGGUAUGUAUUUCACUGGAGUGCAGAGGGCAACAGAAACAACAAAAAAGAAGAGGUGAAGAGGGUCAGGAGAAUUGCUAGUCUUUCAAAGCUUCUGAGUGGGAAGCGAGGAAUGGUCAGUUCAUCAGUCUUGAGUAGAACACUGUUAAGCAUUCUACCUGUACGGUUCUCGGCCCAGUGCUGGGUGCCAUACACCAGCAACUGCACUAUAACUCGAAGUUACCCUUGGCUGAAAUGCAACAGUGCUGGCGUAUCAAUAGGCAGUGAGAUGUCUGGUGGGGUUUCAAAUGUCACGGUAGAGAACGUUCUUGUGUGGAGCUCAAGGCGUGCUGUUCGGAUCAAGACUGCCCCUGGAAGAGGCGGAUAUGUGCGUCACAUAACCUAUCGGAAUCUGACAUUUGACAAUGUCCGAGUUGGAAUUGUUAUCAAGACAGACUACAAUGAGCACCCCGAUGAGGGCUAUGAUCCAAAGGCUCUUCCAGUGCUCGAGGACAUAAGCUUCACAAGCGUCCAUGGACAGGGAGUUCGUGUGCCCGUUCGUAUCCAUGGGAGUGAAGAGAUUCCAGUGAGAAAUGUGACUUUUCGGGAUAUGUCAGUAGGUCUAACAUACAAAAAGAAGCACAUUUUUCAAUGUGCCUUUGUUCAAGGUCGUGUAAUAGGGACCAUCUUCCCUGCCCCUUGUGAGAAUCUUGACCGGUAUGAUGAGCAAGGGAAGUUGGUGAAGCACUCUGCAUCCCAGAACAUGACAGACAUAGAUUAUGAUUUUUGA